AUGGUGUCAACAACAACUCGCAACCCGCAAGCCAACGGUGUGAUUGAGCUUCUGCACCGCGUCAUUGGCGACAAGAUGAGGACGCAGGAGAUCAACACGGCAUCCGACUGGGAAGUGUUCCUCCAUAAUGUCACCUUCGCACUUCGAGCCUCGCACCACAGCAUGUUGAACGCAUCGCCGGCUCAAGCGGCGUUUGGCCGCGACAUGAUCGCGGACAUCGUACACAAGACGGACUGGGCUGAGCAGUACCAGCGCAAGCUGGACCAGAUCGCUCGCAACAACAAGCGCGAGAAUGCGAAGCGCCGCGACUGGAAGUACGCGCCUGGCGACCGCGUACUGCUCAAGAAUGAUGCUGGCGUGCAGCCCAAGAUGGCGCCGCUCUACAGUGGACCUUACGAGGUGAUUGCUGUGCGCGAGAACGGAACGCUGGUGCUAGACAAGGGUCGCUACAUCGAGACGCUGCACAUCCGUCCCGUCGUCCCUGUCAAGUCCCAGCGUGGGGAAGAAUGUCAGCAGGAUCAAGAUCUGUGA